AAAUUUGUGACUGUUGUGUGUUUGUUUGUUUUUAUUUGAACAAUGGAUCCAGAGAAGAAACAGAAUGAAGUGACAGUGGACGAUAUUUUACACGAUUUGGGACCGUUUAAAAAGUUUAACAUAUGGAAUUAUUUUUUAAUUUUGAUACCGGUUUUCCUGGCUGGGAUGUACUCGUCUGUGUUUAACUUUGAAGUGUUAGACUUGAGUUAUAGAUGUGCAGUCCCUGAAUGCGUUGACAACCCUGACGCGUUGAACUACACCAUACCGCGCCUUGAAGAUGGCAGCUUCGCGAAGUGCUUCCGCUAUGGCACCUUCAGUAACUCGACCAACAGCUCGUGCUCCGCUGAUGCCUUCGACACCUCCGUCGAGCUUGAGUGCGACGAGUAUGUCUAUUUGGAGCACCAUUCUAUUGUUAAAGAAUUCAACCUGGCCUGCCAAGACUGGAAGCGGACCCUAGUCGGCACGGUCCACAACGCCGGUUUCUUCGUGUCCAUUCCCCUCACCGGACUAAUCUCGGACAAGUUCGGCCGCCGGCUCGCCGUGGUCUUUGCGUGCGUGUCGAAUGGCGUGUUCGGGUUGAUUCGGGCGCUGUCGGUCAACUAUAACAUGUUCGUUGUGUUCGAGUUUUUGGAACCAGCAUUCGGGGGUGGGGUGUAUACUGCGUGUUUUGUGCUCGCCCUGGAGUUAGUGGGUCCAAAGGGCCGUGUCCUCGUGAGUCUCCUCUUCAACACCAUGUUCAUCCUCGGAGGCGUCACCGUCACCCUGCUGUCCCUGUGGCUGCAGAACUGGAGAUAUCUCCUCUUCAUCAUCUACACGCCUGCUGUCUUCAUGUUCCUCUAUAUGUGGAUGCUGACUGAGAGCUUCAGGUGGUUCUUCAGUAAAGGACGCUACGACGAGGGCCUCAAAGUUUUAAGUAAAGCGGAAAAAAUGAACAACGUCGUAGUACCCAAAGAACAUUACGACCAAGUCGAAAAGCAAGCCAUUAAGCAAAGAGACGCAAGAAAAUGCGAGAACUUAGCCAGCAACCAAUCGUCGUUCAAGCAGAUUCUGACUUCCAGUAUGAUAUGGAAAAGAGUUUUCACCGUAUCGUUCCUCUGGACAUGCUCUACUUUGGUCUACUAUGGCUUGUCCAUAAACGCUAUAGAACUGUCUGGGAAUAGCUAUUUGAACUAUAUCGUGGUGAUCGUGAUCGAGGCGCCAGCAAAUGUCUGCAAACUUAUAUUGUUGGAUAGAUAUGGAAGGAAGAAGGUGAUUGCUGUCGCGUUCUUCUUGACAGCUCUGAUAUUGAUCAACUACGGAUUCGUACCUGCUGGCAUAUGGUCCCUGGUGUUCUACCUGGGCGGGAAGUUCUUCAUAACCCUCGCCUACAACUCUCUGUACGUGUUCGCGGCUGAAGUGUUCCCGACUAACUACAGAACGACGCUUCUUGCGCUGUGUUCAACUAUAGGGAGGACCGGGUCCGCUGUGGCUCCCAUGACACCACUUCUGGCGCGCGUGUACGAGUACCUGCCAACAAUAGUGUUCGGGGUAAUGGCGGCCAUGUCUGGUGUCCUGGUACUCACGUUACCAGAGACCAACAACCAGAAACUGCCGGACUCGCUCAAGGAGGCCCAGGAUCAGGAUAGAAAGGAUGUGCCGGAGGACCGAGAUGUUCGGGAAACUAGUAAAACUAGGUUAUAAUUUAACUAGGUAUAGAUAAUU